AUGUUAUACUCUACUCAUUUUGAUGUCCAUGUACAGCAGGAUCCCUCGGAGGACAAUGCCGGAAGGGUCGCUCGGAUUCGUCUAUGGUUGCAGACCUCAUCACGUCUGGAUCCGCAGCGUUACUCUCGCGUGCGCGACCUUGCAGAUGCACUGCUCGAUGGUUUCCUUGACUCGGGUGGCUUGGAUGAUAUCAACGAGAUCUUGGCGUCAUACUUUCGUCGUUUCGGACAGUCGGAAGAUCUUCGUGACGUUGAGGAAGCCAUUGCACUACAGAAUCGCUCUAUUGAGCUUACACCUGACGGACAUUUGAAUCCGCACAAGCCCACGCAUCUCGAAGAUCUUGGAAAUACGUUUAUGAACCGAUUCGAGCUUCUGGGCAACGCAGACGAUAUCGACCAGUGCAUCUUAUCCCAUAGCCACGCCAUCGCCCUUACGGGUGAGAAUGGGGCUUAUAAACCUGGGCAGCUUCACAACCUUGGAAACGCGCUCAUUACACACAACUCUUCUACGCUCGAACGAUCUACUUUCUGA